AUGGCAACUGAUGGAUUUUCCUCCCUUGCAUCAACAGUCGUCAGCUCACAAGGUGGUGUGGUGACUUGUAUGAAAGCGACGGCCAAGAAUGUUUUUCUUGGGUUGGACAAUGGAACAGUCAGUAUUCUGGAUGCGGACGGAAGGAGCGAAAAGAAUUUGAAAGCGGGUCAGAAGGGGGUUUGGUGUUUGGAUGUCUGGGAAGAUGAAACGGUCGAGGAAUGGAUUGUAGUUGGUGGGGUGGACCUGCUGGGUGUUUGGAGCUUGAGAUCGUUGUGGGUACCUUUCUUUUCCAUAUUGGCCGGACAUUCAAAUUGUGCUCCGGUGAUGUGGGAACGUGGCCUUGAUGCCUCCGCAAUGGGUGUAGCAUCACCAGACUAUGAGGAGAAGAAAGCAGACCUGGUAGGUCACACAUCGACGGUUCGGUGUGUCAAAACUUUGUCGAGCACAACUCUCAUCUCCAGCUCUCGAGACUCAACUCUGCGAGUCUGGGAUAUUGAGACUGCAACAUGUACAGCAGUACUGGAAGGACAUUCGCUUUGUGUUAGAAGUCUAGCUGUGUGCGGAGACAUUGUUGCCUCCGUCAGUUACGAUCAUGACGGUAGAGUGUGGAACUUGCAGAGUAACAAGUGCACACAUGUACUCAAAGGACACGAGAGCCAGGUUUACGCUGUAGACUUCGAUGGAAAGGUAAUCGUAACUGGUGGCUUGGACCAUACAGCAAGAGUUUGGUAUCCUGAUUCUGGUUCAUGUCUUGCGGUGUUGCGAGUUGACGCAGGAUUGGUUUCACACCUUCAACUGCUGCCAAAUGUAAUUCUGGGUGGAGAUAACACUGGGACGAUGCACAUGUGGUCGUUGGAAGAUUAUAGUAAGGUCCACACCGUGAAGGCACACGAUAAUUCCGUUACAUCGAUGCGAUGCACUGGCUCAAACAUUGUUACUGGAGGAUCAGAUGGAAAAGUCAAACUUUGGAAUUUGAGCACUGGAACCUUGUUACAAGAGCUCGCAACUUCGGAAGCAGUAUGGAAGGUUACUAUCACAAACCAACACACUAUUGCUGUGUUUUCCAGAAGUAAUGAGGUGGUCUUGGAGAUCUGGGCCGCAGUUGCCUCGACCACCGAGUAA